CUGAUGCCCAACUUAUGCAUGCAUUGGUCAUUCCAAAAAUAGGACUAUCUGUGCUUAAAUUUGUUUCCAGAUAGUACCACAGGGCACCUGGGCUCUCAAUUCUAAUUAAUAUAUAGCUUUACAAAUAUGGCAAAACUAAAAGAGUUGUGCUGCAAAGGAAUUGGAUAUGGAGGCCAAGAGGGACAUUACUGGAGAUCAUUACAAGGAAGAAGAAGAAGAUGAAGAAGAACUUCUCAAAACCAGAAUUUCUAGUCAUCCUUUGUAUCGGAGGCUCGUUGAGAAUCACCUCAACUGCUUAAAGGUUGGUGAGAUUGCCUAUAGCGGCAGAAAUAGCAAGUCAAAUCAAAGGAAAGCUGAUGACUACAAUAAUCCUUGUUCAAGCAUGCUAAACCAUUCAGAGUUAGACCUCUUCAUGGAAGCAUAUUGCUCGGCGCUCAGCAAGCUAAAGGAAGCCAUGGAAGAGCCACAGCAGGAAACAAUAGCUUUCAUCAACGGCAUGCAUUCACAACUGAGGGAGCUCGCAAGAACUAAUCCCCAAUCACCAGAUGUAUUUCUGGCAACAGAAAUGAAUAAUUCAAACUGGAGCAGGGACCAACAGAAAUGAGAGUCAAAUGUCAGGGAGUGCAGAAACCACCGUGCUUAAAGAAUUCCUCUAACAUCUAUAUGGAAAACAUUAUAACCUGCUAUGAUGUAAAAUUCUGGUACUAGAACUUCAGUUCUCUCUUUCCUUUCCUUUCCUUGAUGUUAUGUUGCAAUGGAAGAUACCUAAGUUUAUAUAUAUAUAUAUAUAUAUAUAUGUGUGUGUAUAUAUAUAUAUAUAUAUAACUAUAUAUAACUAUGCCGGUGGCAUUACAUUUUAUGCCUGCUGCUG